AAGUUGAUGAAGGAGGAGGGAAGACGGCGAGGUCCGCGACGGCGAGUGGUGGAGUGGGAGAAGGAAGAAAUGGCGGCGAAUGGCCGAGAGAGAGCUCCAACCGCCAUUGAUUUGGAUGGGUUUUCUUAUGGUUUUAGCGCCAAUGGCUGUGGCUUCCUCCCGAGUCCCAAAGAUAAGACAUCAAAUCACUCCCUGCGGCGCCCAACUUCGCAGUUUCUGCAGCAGAAGCCUCUCUCUCAGCGUCACUUGUAAGGCAAAGACAUCGCAGGACAAGAAGCAGAAGAAUGCCAGCAACAAGAUUGUGCUCUCGGAAGCAGCGCCGCCGCUUGCGGAGGAUAGUGAUGACAGUGGAAAUCCUGAAGCCGAAGUCAAGUCUGGAAAUGGGAGUGGCUUGACGAAGCUGGUGAAGAGAUUGCCCAAAAGAAUUUUGGAGGCUUUGUCUAAUUUGCCUUUGGCUAUUGGAGAAAUGUUCACCAUCGCUGCUCUGAUGGCUCUGGGUACUUUCAUCGAUCAAGGGGAGGCCCCUGAUUUCUAUUUCCAGAAGUACCCCGAAGAUAACCCUAUGUGGGGAUUCUUCACUUGGAGAUGGAUUCUCACACUUGGUUUUGACCAUAUGUACUCAUCUACCAUUUUUCUAGGGAUGUUAGCUCUCCUUGGGGUCUCACUCAUGGCAUGCACUUACACAACCCAGAUUCCUCUUGUCAAGGUUGCAAGAAGAUGGAAGUUUUUGCAGUCUGCUGAAGCUAUCCGCAAGCUGGAAUGUUCAGACACUUUACCCAGAGCAUCAGUUCAAGAUCUGGGAGUAAUUUUAAUGGGAGCAGGAUAUGAGGUAUUUAUUAAAGGACCAACUUUAUAUGCCUUCAAGGGAUUAGCUGGACGAUUUGCACCCAUCGGUGUACAUCUGGCCAUGCUUUUGAUAAUGUCUGGUGCAACCCUCAGUGCAACCGGAAGCUUCAGAGGUUCAGUUACAGUUCCACAGGGACUGAAUUUUGUAGUUGGAGAUGUUCUGAAUCCGAGUGGAUUUCUCUCCAUGCCUACUGAAGCUUUCAAUACUGAAGUUCAUGUCAACAAGUUCUACAUGGACUACUAUGACAGUGGAGAAGUGAAACAGUUUCAUAGUGAUCUUUCUUUAUUUGAUCUUAAUGGGAAAGAGGUGAUGAGGAAAACAAUCAGCGUAAAUAACCCUUUACGGUAUGGAGGCUUCACAAUAUACCAGACUGAUUGGGGAUUUUCGGCUCUGCAAAUACUUAAGAAUGAUGAAGGACCCUUUAACUUGGCUGUGGCUCCUCUAAAGAUCAAUGGAGACAAGAAGCUUUAUGGGACGUUCUUACCAGUUGGAGAUGUCGAUGCACCCGAUGUAAAGGGAAUAUCAAUGCUUGCUCGUGAUUUGCAAUCCAUUGUCCUGUAUGACCUGGAAGGGAAAUUUGUUGGGGUUAGACGUCCAAGCUCUAGGCUUCCUAUCGACAUCAACGGUAUAAAAAUCGAAAUAGUUGAUGCUAUAGGCAGCACUGGACUGGAGUUGAAGACUGAUCCAGGAGUUCCUAUUGUUUAUGCUGGAUUUGGUGCUCUAAUGCUCACAACAUGUAUCAGUUAUCUCUCUCAUUCACAGAUAUGGGCCAUACAAGAUGGAACGGUAGUGAUCAUCGGAGGUAAGACAAACCGUGCAAAGGUUGAAUUUCCAGACGAGAUGGAUCGUUUGCUUGAUCGGGUUCCUGAAAUCAUCGAACCUUCACGGAACGAUUUGAACUACAAUGAUGGCUAGUUCCUGAGCCAACACUCAAAAUCACAGCAACCACUGCCCAACUUAACAACCAAGCGCAGAAAGGAGCACCCCAAAACAUCAACAAUUUUGGCCUGAGAUCACAGUUGGUUUUCUUCUUUUCUUAUAUAUUUAGAGGAUGGAUUUACCAAUUGAUAAUUCUCAUUAUCACCAUGUUGCAACUCAUUAAUGAUCGUUGUAUAUAAUAUAAUAUAUUAUGUA